GUAGAGACGCUGUGAGACACUCGACUAAUCUCUUUGACAAAUCAACUUGGGGGGAGCUGAUGCAAGUUUGUCCCAGUCAGUGCUGACAGCCCAGCCGGUUAGUGGGGUCGCCCUGAUGAUCUGUGUGCUGCUAGUCGCUGGACAUGGGACAUUGCUGGAGAGCGAGAUCAAGAAUGAAGCCACAGGCCUCUACAGCCAUUUAGUUGGGAUCCCAAAGGCUCUGUUACCGGGAGUUGGUGGGAAAAAGAUUCUGGAUUUCUGGUGGGAAGUUGUGAACAUACGCCAGCUCUUCAGUGAUGUCUACCUUGUCACAAAUGCAGACAAGUACAAGUACUAUGAACGAUGGGCAACUGCCAAUGAUUUUCCAGUGGAAAACAUUAUUAACGAUGGGUCAACAACCAGCCAAACACAGUUAGGGGCAGUGGCUGACUUGGAGCUUGUGAUCAGGAGCAAGAGAUUCAAUGAUGAUGUCAUGGUGGUUGCUGGGGAUAUGCUGUGUGAAGAUUUGAACUUUGAUAUAGCUGAAGUUCUAAAGUUCUUUAAGUUUAAGAAGGGAGAAUUGGCAAUUUACUAUGAAAUGGAAGAAGGAGAGAAGACAGAAUCUCGGGGAAUAGUUGAGGUGUGCCCCUUGACACACAGAAUCACCAAGUUUUAUGAGAAGCCCUCUUCAGAAGUUACAGAAUCGAGGCUGGCAAGUGUUGUCUUUUAUUGUUUCCAAAACAAGACACUGCCGACUCUCGGGGAAUAUUUGAAGAUGCAUCUGCUGGUGGAGGAUCGAAAGCUUGGGAAGUAUAUGGAAUGGCUUAUCAACAAGACUGGAAUCACAGUGUUUGGAAUGAAGCUGCCUACUGGAUUCCAGCUAAUUGGACAAGUGGAUCUCUCUGAGUACAAGAAGUGGCUGGCGUGCUACUCUUCAAAGCAACAUGGUAUUGCUGCCAAAUCAAUCACUUGUCGUUCCUAUGCAAGGAUAGGAAUUAUGGGAAAUCCAUCAGAUGGCUUCCACGGAAAAACCAUUGCCAUGACGAUAUCUAAUUUCUGGGCUGAUGCGAUGAUUUUUGAAAGCAAAAAAGUCGUGCUAAUACCACACCCUCUCAAUGAUCCCACAGAGUUCGGUAGCUUGCAAGAUUUACACAGGAUCAGUCGGAAGGAAGGGUAUCUGGGUGGCCUGAGACUGCUUCAAGCAACUUGUAAGAAAUUCUACCAGUACUGCUCUGAACAAGGAAUCGCUUUGGCCAAACGAAACUUUACUCUGAAAUAUGAUACUAAUAUACCACGGCAGGUGGGCCUUGCUGGAAGCAGUGCUAUUGUGUCAGCUACACUUAAGUGUUUGAUGAAGUUUUAUGAUUUAAUUGAUGACGAUUUGCCAAAGCCACUCAGGGCAAACUUCAUUCUGAAUGUAGAGACUGAAGAGUUAAUUAUUACAGCAGGACUUCAGGAUCGGGUAGUCCAGGUUUAUGAGGGAUUGGUUUACAUGGAUUUCAACAAGGAGUUGUUGGAGAAACAAGGUUAUGGUAGCUAUGUUCCCAUGGAUAUAAGCUGUGCGCCACACUUCUGGCUUGCUUAUAUGGGAGAUCCAAGUGAUUCUGGGAAGAUCCAUAGUAACGUGCGACAGAGAUGGCUCAAUGGUGAUUCUGAUGUUGUGGCAGCAAUGAAAACAUUUGCAGAACUUACUGAUCUGGCUAAGUUAGCCAUAGAGUCUAGGAAUUGGAGUCAACUUUCUGAGCUGAUGAACAAAAAUUUUGAACUACGCAGGUCUAUAUACACAGAUGCUUGUCUGGGCCAAGGAAAUUUGAGGAUGGUGGAACUUGGCAGACAGUUUGGCUCAGCAGUAAAGCUUCCUGGCAGUGGAGGAGCAGUGAUUGGUCUCUGCCUAGAUCCUGAUAACUUGGUUGAGUUAAAGAAAGCAUUCCAGGAAGCUGGGUUUGUUAUCUGCGAUGUUGUUCCAUAUGGGCCUUGAGUUUCAUGAAAGUUUUUUGAACAUAUUAAUUGUAAAGGAGCUAUAUCAGUAGGAAAGUAGGUUGAAAUGAAAAAUGUAAUAGCAAAAUGAUUCACUUAGACUUGAAUUGGAAAGAAAAAUGAAGAAAACUACUACCACGGUACAAUUUGUUUAAACACUAUUAGUUUAGAGGAUACUUUGUCUUGCAAAGAACAAAAGCUCAGCUACCUGAUGCUGAUGUGAAAUGAUGUUCGGAUGAUUGAGAGAUGUUGCAAACAUGGUAAGACCAUUGGAUCUCUGACUGAAACUAAUGGACAAUUUUCCAAAUUCAUAACAUUGGUGAAUAUCCACCGAUCUAAUGAGUUUAAGACAUGCAUUAUAUAAUGUCUCAAAUUUUAAAUAUGUUACUGAAUCAUACACUAAUGGAUACACAAAAGGAAGUGACAAAGAGAUCUAAUGCAUAUUAAAUAACAUUAUCAACUGCAAAAAUGGUUGACAAAUAUCAUUUGAGCCCAGUGGAUAAAUGACAGCCAUGAAUUGUUAUUUGUAUCCAACUACCAUGCUCUCUGAAUUGUAUCUAGUUCCAGAACAAUGGGAAAUAUUUGUUUCCAAAAUAAGCUUCCGACAUCCAUUUUACUGAUUCUGAGUAACUCCUGCUUAUAAUCCUAAAAUAGACAAUUAUUUCAGAACAAAAGGCACUAGGUAAGUACAUGAAUAGGAAAGGUUUGGAAGGAUAUGGGCCAGGAGCAUGCAGGUGAGACUAGUUUAGAUUGGGAUUAUGCUUGAACUGGUUGGGCCGAAGGGUCUGUUUCUGUGCUGUAUGACUCAAUGUUAAGGUAGUGUUAAGAUGCACCCCUUUUUCCCAAGAUAGUGUAAUGAGUUACAUAGAACAUGGAGUUGAAGGAAAAUUAAGAUAAAAGAACUAGAAACAACAGCAGGCCAUUCGACCCUUCAACUUACUCCACAUUCAAUUGGAUCAUGGUUGAUUUGAAAUUCGACAUGUCCUCUUUCUUGUACCCUUUCCCCAUAAUCCUUGACUCCCCUACUGAUCCAGAAUCUAUCUCAGCCUUAAGUGUACAAAGACUCUGCCCCCACAGUUGUCUGUGGCAAAGAGUUCCAAAACCUCUUACCCCUCUGAAAAGAAAUUCCUCCUUAUCUCAGUCUUAAAUCGGCUCCCCUUUAUUGUGAGACGAUGCUCUCUGGUCCUCGACUCUCCCGUGAGGGUACAUAUCCUCUCAGAAUUUACCCUGUCAAGCCCCUUAAGAAUCUGCUUUGUUACAAUGAGAUCACCUCUCAACCUUCUAAACUCCAGUGAGUGGAGUCCCAACCUGUUUAGCCUUUGCUCAUAAGACAAUUCCUCCAUCCCAGGGAUCAUUGUGGUGAACCGACUCUGAACUGUCUCCAAUGAAAUAAUAUCUUACCUUAAAAAAGGAGACCGAAACUGCCCACAGUGCUCCAGAUGUGGUCUCACCAGCCCCUUGUAGAUUGUUGCAGUAAGACUUCCCUACUCUUAAAUUCCAACUCCCUUGAAUUAAGUGUCAACAUUUCAUUAGCCUGAUUACCUACAGCCCCUGGAUGCUAGCUUUCUGUGUUUCAGGCAUCAUUCUCCCCAGGGCCUUUUGUGUUCCAGCUUUCUCAAUUUAAAUAAUAUUCUGUUUUUUUUUAGAUUAGAUCCCCUACAGUAUGGAAACAGGCCCUUCAGCUCAACACUUUUACACCGAUCCUCCAAAGAGUAACCCACCCAGACCUAAUCCCGUUCCCAACAUUUACCCCAGACUAUGGGCAAUUUAGCAUGACCAAUUCACCUGACCUGCACAUCUUUGGAUUGUGAGAGGAAACCAGAGCACCCAGAGGAAACCCACAUCGACACAGAGAGAAUGUGCAAACUCCACACAGACAGUCACCCAAGACAGGGAUCGAACCUGGGUCUCUGGUGCUGUGAGGCAGCAGUGCUAACCACUGAGCCACUGUGCCACCCCAUUUUUUUGUCCUUCCUUUCAAAUUGAACAACUUUACAUUUUUCCACAUUAUACUCCAUUUGCCUACUUUUUGUCCACUUACCUAAUCUAUCACUACCUCUCUGAUUUUGAGGUCAUUGGGGUGGAGGAGGUAAAAGUUGGAUUUAAAUUACAUAUAAAGAAAGUGAAAUAAAUGUUAGGGGAGACUGAUGGAACUUAGGAGAAGAGAUCAAAGAGACAGACAGAAAAAGUAAAAGAAAAGCACUAAUAAACUUCAGAAGAAAUAAAAUUCCACAUUUGUAAAAUGAUAUUUUCAAGCAGAGUAAUGAACUUGGAGCAAUUAUCACAAUUAUGUAAUUAAAAAUUAUUUUUGUUAACCCUGAUUACACCAGCCUUGACCUUUUCUGGCAUCCUUAGUCAGGAGGUAGCAUGGAAGUACUCCACCUUCAUGCGGUUGGGUUACCUUAAUGUCACUCCCAUUAACAAUUGCCGUGGUUCACCUUCUGGUAGGUUGAUAUUUCUGAAAGCAGCUUCUGGAUGUCUGUGUUCUGGAUUUGCAAAUGUGUAAACACAAGAAAUUGUUGUCUCUUUUACUGUACAGUAAUGGUGAAUCCUGACUGUCCCACAGCUAGUAUAAAUGUAAAUCCAGGCUAAUACCAUUUAGAAAUCAGGAGCAAAGAUUAUAAACUGCUUCAAGUCAUCUGUAUGACUAAUAGUGAAAGUAAAUUUGAUCUAUUAGCUCAGUUGGCUGGACAGCUAGCUUGUAUUGCAGAAUAAUGACAAGAGUAUGAAGUUCAAGUUCCACACUGGCUGAAGUAACUAUGAAGGACUCCCCUUUUUGCCUUCUGCCCUUGUCUGAGGCAUGGCGGCCCUUGGGUCAAACCUCCAUCAGUCAUCUCUCUCUGAUAAGAGAGUGGUCUUAUGGUCUGGUAAGGCUUUGACAUCUUCUACCUUUAAAUUUGAUGGGCUGUUCCAUUCAUUCUUUGAGACUAAUAAUUGCUGCAAUACUUUUUGUGUAUCUAAAAAUAAAUCGGUGUUGAUUAACUUGUGAAUUCAGCUGCAAGCUUAUUGUAACCUUUCAUGGCAAGAAAUGUUCUUUAGUUGCCUCCUAUGGAACAAGCCUGGACUAUUACCAUUAAUUCAAGUGGCGGCAGGGGAUGGGGGCGAACAAUCCAAUUUCUAAAUUCAGAUUGCAGUCAGGACAUCAAAUAUAUGUUAUCCAGAAUAGUAGAUUUUUGGAAGUUUCUCCUAUCAUUUCUUUAUGUAUGUGACAACCAGGACUGAUUUAUCACAGAGAUUGUUGCUGCUACAGAGAUCACAAACACAGUUACAGAGUCUUGAAACAACUGGCUUGGCUGGUUGAAAUACUAACCUGACUUUCAAGUUUUACUACAUCAAGCUACACAACCGUGCCUGGCCAUUUAUCUGAUGGGUUCAAGUAGCAAAUUCAUCACUCUGUCUUUGUCAUGGAAUAAACAAUUACCCGAAUGUCAAAAUCUGUCCCCAAUGAGUUGUGAGUUUUUACAUGUAUAAAUAAGCUCUUAUAAUGAAUCAAAUAUACUGUGAUGUUAGAUGCAUAUUGAUCAUACACUGCCUUAAUAAUGUAAUAUAUAGAAAAUUGCACAUCUUUAGUUUAUGG